AUGAUGUUUUGUGGCCCACGUAGGUACGCCUACCAUUUUGAGAAAACCAGCGUUCCCAGCAAAGGGGAGGCAGCCAAGCGGCUGGACCACUUGGUGGUGAGGAUAAGCCGCAAUAGGAGAAACGACGCGUUUGAGGAGUCGGCGGUGAGUCAAGCCGAAUUGGAGGCAACCCUUCGCACAGGUGGGGUAAGAAGUGGGCUAGGAAGUGGCCUAAGAAGUGGCGCAAAAAAUGACCCAAAGGGCGGCCCCAAACGUGGUGCACACUUCACGGCCAGCUUUGGCCCAAAUGAUGAAAGUGAAGAACGGCGGGGGCAGGAGUAUCUGCUGAACGAGUUAAACGAGUUUGUCCCCGUGGAUAGGGGGGGCGGGGGAGUUGGCGGUACGGUGAAGAGCUCCCCCCAGAGUGGAGACCCCAAAGGGGGUAAGCAUACACCUCCGAGUGAAGACCCAAAAGGGAGUAAACAUGCUACCAAGAGGGCCCCCCCCCUGGGCAGCCACCACGAUGAAGAGGCAAAGCUGGAAAGGCUACUAAAGAAGAGACAAGGCAUAAAAAAAGACAUCGUGACGAUAACGGAAAAGGCAAGGGACGAAAUUAAGCAGUUAGUAAAGGAAUACCGGAGCAAGAAAGAUGGGGAUCCAAAUUACAUUUUAAAAUUAUUUUACAUAAUCAAAGGAUGCAACGGACUGACUCAUUCGUUUAACUUUGUUCAUAAGAAUGAGCUGCAUGCAAAUGAUGAACUUAUCUUUGAAGACGACGGUAGGGAGAACAUCCUCCUAGCGAUUGAUAGCAAGUGCAUACUCUACGUCAUUAACACCACGCUGGAUUACUACAGAGACGAUUUGACGGAGCGGUUUAUCUUCACGAACCCGAACGUCACCUCCGUUUGCCCCUGCGGGACGAGCUUCCACUUUAACCGUGGAGGGGGCAGCGGCGGGGAUAGCGGCGGGGUUAGCGGCGGGGUUAGCGGCGGGGGCUGA